CAUGAUUGACAGUCGGCCAUUUUUACCAAUUCUGCUGCACAGCUUGCCUUCAGUCCACAAAUUUGUCAAUUUAGUCUCGAUAAAAUGAGCAGCUCCAAGUCUAAAGAUAAAGAUCGGGAUAGGGAUCGGGAACACCGGAGCGAUAAAGAACGGGAUCGUGGUGAAAGAGACCGUGACAGAGAUCGUGAAAAAGAUCGCGGCGAACGUGAAAAGGAUCGUUCGAAAUCUAGAUCACGGGACCGAGACAGGGACAGAAGACGUGGAAGGGACAAAAGUAGAGACCGUGAAAGUCGGAAGGAUCGAGACCGCGACCGAGAUCGUGAACGUCGUACCGAUGAAAGGCGACGUAGUCGUGAAAGAGGAGAAAGAGGUGCAAGCCGCGAAAAUAAUCGCAGAAGCCGUAGCAGAGAUAGAGAACGCCGACGAAGAAGAAGCCGUAGUCGCAGCCACGAGAGACCCAGAGAUGCAGAUAGAGAUCGUCGACGGGACAGAGACAGAGGUGCACGGGAAAGGAAAUCUCGGAGCCGAGAAGCAACUGUCAAAGAAGAUCCAAAAAUAGAUUUAACCCAAGCGAUUAUGGAGGCUGUAGCCGCAAGUAAUCGGGCUGCGUCCAAGAAUUAUGCUGAAAUGUUUAACUGUGGCAACAGCAACGAUUCCAACAAUGUUGAACACGAAAUUGACACCAAUGGCGAAAAUAAGAAGAAAAAGAAAUCUCGGUGGGGUGGCAGCGAAAAUGACAAAACCUUCAUACCUGGAAUGCCGACAAUACUACCAGCCACAUUGGAUCCACAUCAACAGGAGGCAUAUUUAGUUCAACUACAAAUCGAAGAGAUCAGCCGUAAAUUGCGUACCGGAGAUCUAGCUGUCGCCACAACAGAAGAAAGAUCACCAUCGCCCGAGCCAAUUUACAGUUCUGAUGGCAAGCGGUUGAACACCAGGGAAUUCAGAACUCGAAAGCGGCUAGAAGAGCAACGACACCAAUUGGUCCUGCGGAUGCAGUGUAUGAAUCCAGAAUUUAAGCCACCAGCUGAUUAUAAACCACCGGUGAUACGAGUCAGCGACAAAGUGCUGAUACCUCAAGAGCAACAUCCUGACAUAAAUUUUGUUGGGUUGCUGAUUGGUCCACGAGGCAACACACUCAAAGCGAUGGAAAAGGAAACCGGUGCAAAGAUUAUUAUUCGAGGAAAAGGAUCAGUCAAGGAAGGAAAAGUGGGCCGUAAAGACGGUCAGCCUCUGCCGGGUGAAGAUGAACCAUUACAUGCAUUCAUUACUGCAUCUAAUCCGGAAUGUGUAAAGAAAGCAGUUGACAAAAUCAAAGAUGUAAUUAGACAAGGUAUUGAAGUGCCAGAAGGACACAAUGACUUGAGACGAAUGCAAUUGAGAGAAUUGGCUCAAUUGAAUGGUACCUUACGCGAAACUGAUGGCAUACGUUGUUCAAAUUGCGGUUCCACCGAACACAAAAGUUGGUUGUGUCCGGACAAGCCUAAUGUGACGAAUAACAUAGUUUGUUCAUCUUGCGGUGGUGCCGGGCAUAUAGCGAAAGAUUGUCGCAGUAAGCGUCCGGGAGCAGGUGGUCCACCAUCAUCAAAUGUUCAAGCUAAAAUUGACGAAGAAUAUCUCAGUCUAAUGGCUGAGUUGGGAGAAGGACCAGUACCAGCUAAAACAAAAGAAAUCGAUCCACUGGUCCAAGCACAAUUAAGUCGUGGAAAUUAUUCGUUGUUUGACCGACCGUCAGCUCCGAAGGCCAUCGCAGCUCCACCGUCCGUAACUCCGCCGUGGAAUUCUCAGCAAAAUAUGAACAUUCCACCACUUAUGCAAGGAACACAAGCACCUCCACCCGGACCACCACCGCCGCUAAUGCCAAUGCCAUGGAUGUCUAACAUGCAGUCAAACAGUAACAAUCAACCUCCGCCUCCAGGAAGUAUGAGUCAAGACAGUAUGUCGACGCUAAUGCCGCCUGGAACAGGUGGAAACAUCAACAUCAUGGCUCCACCCGGCACUCAACCGACAAUUAUGCCACCUCCACCAGGAACGAAUGGCGCAACUGCACCUUGGGGUGUACCACCAUUAAUGCAACCGCAAUAUCCAUGGGGAAAUGCUCCGCCAAACUUUAUUCCUCCUCCACCAGGUUCGGCUCCUCCACCACCACCUGGACCACCUCCGCCGCCAUUAAUGUCUGGAUUGUUGGCACAACCACCUCCACCACCGCCCAGCUUUGAAUAAAUGUAGAUUUUAUUUUAUGAAUGGAUAAUAUCCAUUGGAUAUGUUUUCGUGUUCGUUCUCUGCGAAGAAUUAAGCUCUCCUGUUUAACCAAUUGUAAUUUUAAACGUCAAGUUUAUUUCUUCAAAAUAUACAACAGUAUCUUUACUAACAAGCGAA